UAUCAGGGACGACACGGAAAUUCUCUGUCAUACACACAAAGUACCAGGAGCUAGCUGCAACACCAGCACCGUGCAGUUCCAAGAUGUCCUCCGAGUUUCCUGUUCCAGAGACACGGGUAUUGGCCAUAGCAAGCCAUGUGGUCUCCGGAAAUGUCGGAAACAAAAUUGCCGUCUUCACCCUUCAGUCCCUCGGAUGUGAUGUGGCGGCACUAAACACCGUCCAAUUUAGUAAUCACACUGGCUACCAUCAGUGGACGGGAAGCAAGGUAUCGGCCGAGGAAAUCUCGUCGCUCUAUGAUGGUCUGAAGCAGUCGUACCUCGACGACUUCGACAUGAUGCUCUCCGGAUACAUUCCCGGCGCCGAAGCUGUUUCAGCAGUGGGACGGAUUGGCGAGGACCUGCGCGAGAAGUCUUUAGCCGGAUCCUCCUCGCCAGGAGGUUUCUUCUGGGUAUUGGAUCCUGUCAUGGGCGACAACGGCCGGCUUUACGUUGCCGAGGAAGUCGUGCCAGCAUACCAGGCCCUGAUAGAGCAUGCCGAUCUAAUAUUGCCUAACCAAUUUGAGGCAGAGGUUCUGUCGGGUGUCAAAAUCGUCGACAUGGACACCUUGAAGGAAGCAAUCGAGAUGCUUCACCGGCGGUACCGUAUUCCCCACGUCAUCAUCACCUCUGUCAGCCUACCUACUUCCGAUCUGCCCCCUCAGCAUCUCUCCGUCGUGGGUUCCACCAUGACGUCGGAUUUCCGCCCCCGCCUAUUCAAGAUUGUGUUCCCGGCGAUCGACUGCUACUUCAGCGGCACGGGCGACAUGUUCGCCGCGCUCAUGACGGCGCGCAUGCGUCAGGCCAUCUGGGAGGAGCCCUCCGACCUGCGCACGCGGCGGUCGUGGCUUAGCGGCGACGAGGCCGACGUGCUGUCGCUACCCCUUGUCCGGGCGGUCGAGAGGGUGCUGGGCAGCAUGCAUGAGGUCCUCACCAAGACGGCGGAGGCGAUGGCGGUGGCCGUGGAAAAGACCAAGGCAACAACGGCGGCGGCGUUGGUGGACGGUGGGGAGGAGAGCAAGAAGAAGGCGCAUUUGCUGACGAGCAAGAAUGCGGAGCUGCGGCUGGUGAGGAACGUGGCCAGCUUGCGGAAUCCCGAGGUGGUGUUCAAGGCCAAGGCAAUAUAAUGUUGGGUCGUGUUGAGCCGGGGGCUCGAGCAUAGAUAGACAGCGUGCAUGAAGCUGGUUACUUGGGGGGAAAAAAGGAGAGACACUUAUAGAACGGGACUUGGAAGUCAAAGACCAUAUAGAAAAGAGGAGCCUAGUUAUGCAAUAGGUAUUCAUGUCUCAUUCCACCAUCUAGUUGGGACCAGUUUUCCAUAGUCCAGGUCUAUUGAGUUCCACUACAGAUUCGCUGCCCAGGCCUCGGAAAGGCAACUGUUCUUCAUGUCGGGUGUCCAUCGUGAUAUUGUGAUAUUGUGUCAGUUCGGGGUCAUGGCUCA